CGCCCCGUGGACAACGCCUCGCCCACCCGCGCGCCCGCCUAUGGCUGGGAAGGUGCUGUCGCUGCUGCCGCCCUUGCUGCUGGCCGCGGCCGGCCUCGCGGGGCUCCUGCUGCUAUACGUCCCCACCCGCGACGUCCGGGAGCUGCCCGCCCUCAAGUAUGGCAUUGUCCUGGACGCUGGCUCUUCCCACACAUCCAUGUUUAUCUACAAGUGGCCCGCAGACAAGGAGAACGACACAGGCAUCGUGGGCCAGCACAGCUCCUGUGACGUGCGCGGAGGGGGCAUCUCCAGCUAUGCAGACAGCCCUUCCAGGGCUGGCCAGAGUCUUGUUGAAUGCUUGGACCAGGCACUUCAGGAGGUGCCCGAAGAGAGACACGUGAGCACACCCCUCUACCUAGGAGCCACAGCAGGCAUGCGCCUGCUCAACCUGACCAGUCCAGAGGCCUCGGCCAAUGUGCUUGCGGCUGCGACCCAGACGCUGACCCAGUAUCCCUUUGAUUUCCGUGGUGCCCACAUCCUCUCAGGCCAGGACGAGGGGGUGUUUGGUUGGGUGACCGCCAACUACCUGCUGGAGAACUUCAUCAAGUACGGCUGGGUGGGCCGGUGGUUCCGGCCAAGGAAGGGGACGCUGGGGGCCAUGGACCUGGGGGGCGCCUCCACUCAGAUCACCUUCGAGACGGCCAGCCCAGCUGAGGAUCCAGCCAGUGAGGUCCACCUUCGGCUCUACGGCCAGCACUACCGGGUCUACACGCACAGCUUCCUCUGCUAUGGCCGUGACCAGGUCCUCCGGAGGCUGCUGGCUGGUGCGCUGCAGACCCAUGGCUUCCACCCGUGCUGGCCAAGGGGCUAUUCCACCCACGUGCUGCUUCAGGACGUGUAUGAGUCUCCAUGCACUGCGGCCCAGCGGCCCCAGGCCUUCAACAACAGCACCAGGGUCAGCUUGUCCGGGACUAGCGACCCUGCCCUCUGCCGUAGCCUCAUCAUGGGACUCUUCAAUUUCUCCUCCUGCCGCUUCUCCCAAUGUUCCUUCAAUGGCAUCUUCCAGCCCCCUGUGGCUGGGAACUUCAUCGCCUUCUCUGCCUUCUUCUACACCAUGGACUUCCUGCGGACGGUGAUGGGGCUGCCUGUGGCAACCUGGCCGCAGCUGGAGGCAGCAGUGGUCACGGUCUGCAACCAGACAUGGAGUGAGCUACAGGCUCGGGCCCCGGGGGAGCGGGCCCGCCUGCCCGACCACUGCGCGGGGGCCAUGUUCGUGCAGCAGCUGCUGAGCCGCGGCUACGGCUUCCACGAGCGCGCCUUCGGAGGGGUGACCUUCCAGAAGAAGGUCGGGGACGCCGCGGUCGGCUGGGCGCUCGGCUACAUGCUGAACCUGACCAACCUGAUCCCCGCCGAGCCGCCGGCGCUGCGCAAGGGCACAGACUUCAGCGCCUGGGUCGUCCUUGUCCUGCUCUUCGCCGCCAUGCUUCUGGCCGCGUUCGUCCUGCUGCUGCGCCAGGCGCGCUCGGCCAACUCGUCGAGCGCCAUCUAGGGGCGAGCUGGGGACAGCUGCCCCCGUCGCGUCUCCCACCCCCACCGCCCCCACCCCACCGCUGCCCCGACCGAGACGCGGACGCUGGCGUGCACGCCCACGGGGGGCCGGGCUGCGCGAAGGGAACCGAGUCCAGGCCCUGCCUGCCGGCGCCAACAUCCUGCAGCCUACAGGGUCUCCCGGCCCUCCUCUUCCUGGGGGUGGGGGAUUCAGACACCCCGCAGCCCUCAGCCCGUGCAGGGCUGGGUGUGUAGGGAGUGGAGUUAGGGCCCUCGGAGCACCCCCGCCCUCCGGGGUCUGGCUCUGUAUGAGGGGGAGGGUCAGAGCCCACAGCGCCUACUUGUAAAAAUUUUGUAAUACAAACUUCUUUCUAGAGCA